GCAGGCAGGGGGGUGUCCUGGAGGGAAGGGCCCUGCCAGGCACGGGUUCAGAAGGGGUGGUUUGGAGCUGCUUGGCGCGGGGGAGGGGAGGCAGUGAGAUUGGCAGCAGAAGAAAGAGAGGGGCUAAUUGGUGGGCUGGCAUCCAGAGCAGGUGGGCGGGAUCUCAUAACAACAAUAAUAACAAUAAUUUGUCUGAGCUUCAUAGCGGCUGGGCCCUGUCUGCCCCUGUGCUAAUUGGAUCGCUCAAGGGCCCGGCUCCGGCGGGCUGGGGGAGGCCCGUUCUUCAUCUUCAGGAAUGGGCGAGGUCACACAGAGGCUGUGGGGAGAAACUGGGGGGCUGGGAGGGAGCAUGGGGGGUAGGCAGGUCUCCGAAGGUGUCACAGUGCAGAAUCUGGCUUCCUCCACAGCAAGUGGGAGGUGGGUCGGGGGCUGCAGCCCUUUCCCCACGCCUCUGAGAUCCUGGGUAUAGGACCCGUAAGCCACAGGCCCCCAGGGUCUGACUGGAGGGCUCAGCAGCUCCUUGAGUGAGUGAGUGGGUGAGUGAGUGAAUGAGUGAGCGAAUGAGUGAGUGAGUGAAUGAAUGAAUGAGCGAGCGAGUGAAUGAGUGGGUGAGCGAGUGAAUGAGUGGGUGAGCGAGUGAAUGAGUGGGUGAGCGAGUGAAUGAGUGGGUGAGUGGGUGAGUGAGUGAGUGAGUGAAUGAGUGAGUGAGCAAGUGAAUGAGCGAGUGAAUGAGUGAGUGAGUGAGUGGAUGGGAGAGGAAGGGCCUGGGUACGUGUAGUGAACACCCUUCCUAACUGUUCACAAGGACCCCUGGCUCCUCCCUGCCUCGUGUGCUCACCCCUGGGGCACCUGCUGGUCAUCCCAGGGAGGAUCACAGUGCAGGGCAGUGGCCGGCAGGGCCCAGCUUCCAGGCCAGGGUAGCACCACUGUGGGCCGUGGCCUCACCCCGAUAGUUUGCUUAAAUCCCCUGGCAGGUGGUGUAACCCAGGAGUGUGCCCUGCUCCUGGCUCACCCCUGACUGGCAGGUCCAGCGGGAAACCUCCUGACCCCUCAAAAGUCAGAACAAGAAGGUGCGUCGUUUUUUGAGAGCACGAGUGAGCACACACUAGCUGGGGGAGGGGCACAGAAAGAGGGGGAGAGAGAGAAUCCCAGGCAGGCUCUGUGCUGUCAGCAGAGAGCCCGACUCGGGGCUCGAACCCACGAACUGUGAAAUCAUGACCUGAGCUGAAACCAAGAGUCGGCGCUCAACAGACUGAGCCUCCCAGGUGCCCCAGAAGAUGCAUCCUUGUCUUUCCAAGGCCUCUGCAAAUCCUCUGUGAAAACGUGGUUUCCUGCUGUGUUUGGAUUAACGUGCAGACUCCUGGCCAGGGCCUGUGUGACCUGUAUGUGACCUGUAUGCGCUCUGGCCUCAUUGCCCCUAAUGCUUCAUCUGCUGCCCCCAGGGCAGGCUCCAUAAUUUUUGGGACUCUGCAAAAUGAAGAGUGUUUAUGCUGCGAAGGGCACUGCCGUGAGUGUUCGUGGGCUGGUCUGCGUGUGGACACGUGCUUUAUGUCUCGUGGGUGUAUGCCUAGGAGUGGAGUCGCCGGUCACAAGGGACCCAGACAUGGAGCUUCGGGAAGAGGCCUGGUCUCCGGGGCCACUGGAUUCCGAGGACCAGCAGAUGGCCAGUCAUGAGAACCCAGUGGACAUCCUCAUCAUGGAUGAUGACGACGUCCCCAGCUGGCCCCCCACCAAGCUGUCCCCUCCGCAGUCGGCGCCCCCCGCCGGCCCCCCGCCCCGGCCGCGGCCCCCGGCCCCCUAUAUCUGCAACGAGUGCGGCAAGAGCUUCAGCCACUGGUCCAAGCUGACGAGGCACCAGCGCACGCACACGGGCGAGCGGCCCAACGCCUGCGCCGACUGCGGCAAGACCUUCUCGCAGAGCUCGCACCUGGUGCAGCACCGGCGCAUCCACACGGGCGAGAAGCCGUACGCCUGCUCCGAGUGCGGCAAGCGCUUCAGCUGGAGCUCCAACCUCAUGCAGCACCAGCGCAUCCACACGGGCGAGAAGCCGUACGCCUGCCCCGACUGCGGCCGUAGCUUCACGCAGAGCAAGAGCCUGGCCAAGCACCGGCGCUCGCACAGCGGCCUCAAGCCCUUCGUGUGCCCGCGCUGCGGCCGCGGCUUCAGCCAGCCCAAGAGCCUGGCGCGCCACCUGCGGCUGCACCCGGAGCUGUCGGGGCCCGGCGUGGCGGCCAAGGUGCUGGCGGCCAGCGUGCGCCGGGCCAAGGCGCCCGAGGAGGCGGCGGCGGCGGACGGCGAGAUCGCCAUCCCGGUGGGCGACGGCGAGGGCAUCAUCGUGGUGGGCGCGCCCGGCGAGGGGGCCGCGGCGGCCGCCGCCAUGGCGAGCGCGGGGGCCAAGGCGCCGGGGCCGCGCUCGCGGCGCGCCCCGGCCCCCAAGCCGUACGUGUGCGUGGAGUGCGGGAAGGGCUUCGGGCACGGGGCGGGGCUCCUGGCCCACCAGCGCGCCCAGCACGGGGACGGGCUCGGGGCGGCGGGAGGCGAGGAGCCCGCGCACAUCUGCGUGGAGUGCGGCGAGGGCUUCGUGCAGGGCGCGGCGCUGCGGAGACACAAGAAGGUGCACGCCGUGGGCGCGCCGUCCGUCUGCAGCCGCUGCGGACAGAGCUACUACCGGGCGGGCGGGGACGACGACGACGACGACGACCACGAGGCGGCGGGGGGGCGCUGCAGCGAGUGCCGCGGCGGGGAGGGCCGGUAGGGGCGGAGGCCCGGGGGGGGGGGGCAGGGCCCCUCGGGCUUGGCGGGGACGACGGUCGGAGCAGGACCCGGAGGAGGCGGAGACAUGGACUGAGGCGGCGGGGGGCGGUGGCCUCCUCGUCCCGCUCCCCUGCGCCGCCCCGCGGUCGGCGCGGUGCAACGGGCGCCCCCGCCCUGCGCUCUGCCCCCGGCCUGGCCCGCCCUCUCGGUUCUCGUCUCAGUGAGUCCGGGACCGACCGUGCGGAGAACUGGAGACCGGAGACCGAGAGAGAGCGGCCCCAGGCCCCUCUUCCUCUUUCCCCGCCGCCUGGGGCGCUCGCGAGGGAUGGAGAGCAGCCGGGCCCCUCCCGUGCAGGGGAGCCUGGGGAGGGAAGGGAGAGAGGGCCCUUUUCCCUUUAGAGUUUUCGUUUAAUCGCGCCCGCCCCCUGACUCCCCCCUCCCGUUGUUUUUUUCUCUUCUUCCCCGCGGGUCCUGUUUUUCUUGGCCCUCGUCCCUCCUCCCCUUCCUGGGUUUGGGGUCAUGGAGGAGCGCUGGAGCAGGACUAGCCCCUGUUCCCAGGGUAGCCCUCAGAGAAUGGGGUCCCGUCUAUUCCCAGGCCUGGACGGGGCUGAAGGAGGGGUGCGGGGGCAAUAAAUCGCACUAUCUGAUUGUC